AUGGACCUCAUAGGAGUAAUGGCCUAUAAGCACGAGAGCGUCAUACAAUUUGCAGUCUCGGCAUGCCAGCCUGAGCGCGACAAUAGAUGCUUCGUCUUCAUAAGCCGGAAGACGUCGACUGUUGAACAAAAGCGUUCCUCUUAUAACGAACGCCACAUCGAACGACACUUUGCCAAAUAUAUACACUGGUUGCCCGCGACUCUUACGAUGUCUAUAAUUGAUAUUUCCUCAAUUAAUAGACACCAUUCAUAUGCAAUAAAAAUCGGCAAAUGGUUCGUCCGAUGCUAUCUCACAAUCCAUAGACACUGGCACUGUAUUACCAAUGUAGAGGAGAGGAGGCAAGACUAUAAGCGCGCCAUGUUCGUGGAUGAUCGCGUCUUCGUGUUCCCGUUCCCCGGCCGGUACGAGAGACAGGUACUACUAAAC